AUGACGUUCCUUGACUAUCUCCUACCGAGACAGACAAUGGAAGCGCUUCUGGCUGCACGCGACAGGCAGCAGCCCAUCCAGGUUCAGUUGGAUAAUGAAAACUAUACUGCGUUUUCGGAGACCGGCUCCGAACACGAGGUGGUUGUGAGGAUAAACUCACAUCCCAUUCAGCUUAUUGUGCUGGAGAAGUGUUUGAAUUGGGCGUACGUUUCUGCAAAAGCCUCCGCAACUCUUGCAGUUCUAGAGGUUGAUGGGCACAAAGCGCAUUUGCGUCUGCCCGAGCACGGCAGAGAAGCAUAUGGAUGCUUGAGUGAGGUGUCUGAUAUCUGCCCUGCGGUGAGAGUGAGAGUGGGGUGGGAGCUCAUGACAGAUGAGGAGGUUUUCGCGACAGCGAGCUUUCGAGAAGCUUUCGAGCAGAUCAGGCUUCGUUGUGGAAGACUUGAGGGCCACAUGAAGGAUCAGUAUUGCAGGACAAUUUUGAGACUGUUCUGGAAGCCUAGGUUUUGGCAUGUGUGGUCCCUGCCUUUCCCGGAAGACCCGCAGGUGCGUCUAGCGUACGUCAGCUAUGCCUGCGCCUUCGCCGCGGAGCAGCUUGGGGCCUCCGCUCGGGAAAUCGUGAGGGAAGCCUGGGAUCGAGCCUUUCCCGAACAGGAGUCUGCGGCCAAGACCAUGCGCGCGCGGUUUAACGAGUACUUUGACACUGAAGACAGGACGACUGGAUUCCACCCUCUCUGUGAAGAGCGCCCAAGCUCCAGAGUUUUUUCUUAUACUCGUAUGCAGUCCUUGCUGGACCGAGCAAGCGCUCUGAGGAAGAAUGUCAGCAAGCCGCUUGGAGAGAGGAGGAUUGAAGCAAACCAGCUUGUGCUGCGGCUAGAGGAUGCUGAAGCACACUUCGAAGACUGCCUCCAGAGAGAGAAUGAGGGAGAACGCAUUGUUAUUUUCGAGCGUGCGCAGCGGAUGGCUUGUGACGGAAUUUGGUAUCAGAAGCUGUGUUUUGAGUACCAAUGCAAGAAGGAGGAGUCAGUCAGAGUUCAGGUGCCGGAAGAGAGACAUUUGAGAGAGAGUUGGUCCACUGAUUGCAAGAGCUACAAAAUCGUUGUGCCAUGCGCAAAAGUGCAUGUGGAAAGAAGAAGCAACCGUGGCGAGAUCAAAGAUACAUCCGCCGUCGACAAGCUUUGGGCCGGUGGCAGCGUGGAGCUCACAGGCGCAUGGAUGAGCUCGCUGGAUGUGCGCAUCAGGAUUUACACGACACUGAGCGACAUGUAUGUUUGGCAAGAAGGUAAACGAAAAAUGAAGGACACUGAAGAGUACAGACGGGUCAUGAAAAAGGAGUUGCAGUUGCUUGCCCAGAACGAAGCAGAGUUUGAGUUGUCCCGGCCUAGCGCAGCAAUAUUCUGCACGACGCUGCCCGUAGAUGAGGACGACAAAGUGACACUUGCCUCACUUUUUGAAGCUGUUCGGCAGCGUUUCCGCUGCAGGAAAGUGUCGCUGCCUUUUAAGGAAACCAACUUGGAAGAAAAGCAGCGUCUGCUCAUUGAAGACACGAGAUACUGGACUGGUAUACAAGUGGUGCUGGGUGAGCCGAUGGACAUGGAGUGCAAGUGCUGCAACCCCGAUGGAGACACUUUUCGCAAGGUGCUGCAUGUAAGCGAAGAUAAUGCGGUGGCUCUUGCCCCACUUUUUGAGGCUGUCCGACAACAUUUCGGCUACAGCAAUGCUUGCCUCUGUGAUGCCAAAGGAAACCACUUUGCAGAGGAGCAGAGGCUAUCAGCUACAGAUUCCGGAGUUGUUAUUGCCACGGAGGAAAGACCUCUCUUGCAAAUGGACGUGCUUGUCAGGAACGAUACUCGGGUGGAGUUCAAGAUAAUGAAUGACAGCGAGAUCAAUAUGCAAGGAGUGGCUGUCAUCUGGCAUGCAGACGGAGAUCAGGGGACUGCUGGGAUAGGGGCCUUGUUGGCGGGACAAUCAAUGGUUGUGCGAAAGGUGAUGGUUCCUGAUCAUGCUGUCUUUAUGAUCCACGCUGAGCUACAAAGUGGGUUGCAACUUUGCAUCGGCUCUGAGGACUUCCAACUCGGCGAGCAGGAGGUUAUCAGCUGUUUCGCUGCGCGCUCUGUUGCUGAUCGGAAGGUGAUCUGUGCACGUGGCUCUGAACAGGUCGUGUUUCGAAUUCUAAGAAGGAGGCAGAUGUCUGGCUGGAUGGAACAAGUGGAAGGCCACGUGCGACUUGCAGAGUUGGGCCUUCCGCUGUUCCUGGAAUUUCCUAAUCCCAUUGACCUGCUGAACUCGGGGAUUCGAGCUUUCAAGCUGGGGCCGGUCAAGUGCAAGCUGCAAGAGCUGUUUUUGUGGGAGAGCCUCCUCACAUUCCUUGCUGACCAUCCAGCUGAGUGUGUUCUGCUUCUGCUUGAUGUGGAGCCGGGUAGGAUGGAUGGCCUCGUACCGCAACGGUAUUGUCGUCGGCCAUGCCCAGACAAGGAUGGGGAUGAAUGCGGAAAGGUUGUGUGCGAACACCGUAGAUAUGCAUGGGCAGAAGCCGGCAUGCAAAUCAAAGACGUGCGAGGCAAGAUCGUUCUGUUGGGCCCGUCGUUUUGGACCAAUAUACGCCCGCCAGUCAGUUGGCGUGAAUGGUAUGGCGACUCUCAAAGUGCCCUGAAUAACUGCUCAGUCGACGAUCAGAACAGGCCCUUUGAAGUCAACCCGGGAUCCUGGGAGUGCGGCUGUUGGCGUCAGGGCAAGAGGGGUCGGGAACGGGCAGCAACGAACAAGAUCUUGCGUUCAGAGGCCUACCUUGUUCAAGCUGUGCUACCCCCUGCCAGACCGCUAGCAAUAACUCUCCAGCCUUAUGCCGUGGACAUUGGGGUUUCCAUAGGACUUGCGCGCGUGCGCCAUUUGCAAAUGGGAGCAGUGGACGAUCCGGUAUACGAGGCAACAGUCCGCUCUUUGCUGCCCAGAUUGUUGUUCUUGUUGUUCUCUGAUGCCUCGACUGAGAUGAGGGCUUGGGAGGCUUGGGCUCAGAUAAAAGCCUGCACAUCAUGCCGCAACCUGACAGAACUCGGUCGAUACUGGAAGCAGCUAGAAGAGAGCACGAUGUCGCCCACGGUGCGCGAUUUCUGGAAACUUGCGCGCUUUCUUGUAAGUGGUCAUCUUAUUUGGCAGCCUCUGGAACUCGAUGAGAAGCUGAACCUUCUCCAGGGCUUGUGCGAGCUUCUAGCCCACUACAACUGCCAUCCGCUUGUGAUUUCUGAAUUUUGGGCCUGCUGUGCUCUUUGUGCCGGUGCCGCUCUGCAUCUCAACAAUUUGACUCGGGCGGUUUCGCGACGCGGCCAGGUCACUCCACAGCAACGUGCGCUGCAUCUUUUGCUCACUCGCGGGCCGGAUGCAGGAUGGGAGGAGCUGUCGCACUACUGUGCUAACAGCUGGAGGAAGGCAUCUCAAGCCGUGGGGA